AUGUUUUCACAAAUUGGCGGAAUCUUUAUCCUUGAUUUUGACAAAAGUCAAAGGAACGAGUUCGUUUUUGAACAUAAAAAAUUCUUCGGUAUUUUUAAUGAAUUAGAUAAUUUAUAUUUGUCAAUCGAAGAACAAAUUGAAUUUGACGAUCAAUUAUUUCAAACAUUCAGUAUUUUUGAUCAAUCAAAAUAUUUAAUAGAAAAUCUAUCAAAACAAACAUCUGAUUUAUUUUGGUAUCUACUUAUUGGUAAUAUUCUUUUACAACAAUUAUCUCAUAAUCAAUUAGACAAAAAUGAUAUGAUCAAUUUAUGUCGUCAAUAUUAUCAAGAUAAUUUGAAAUAUUUAAAAAUAAUUGAUGAAUUCGAACAUGAAUAUCAUUCGAAUAAAGUUAUUCAAUGGUUUUUAAACAAAUCUUUUCCUUAUAAAAUGAUUAAAAAAGCAUUACAAAUUAAAGAUAUCGAUCAAUUAAUUAGAUUGAGAUACUUUUUGAGCGAUCUUAUACAAAGUUUUUCAAAUCAAUUUCAUAAUAUGAUCGAAUAUGACAAUGAAAAUUUUAUAGUUUAUCGAGGAAUGAAAUUAUCAAAAGAACAAAUUGAAGAAUUCAAACAAAAUCAAGGAAAAUUUCUUGUAAGUAAUAGCUUUUUGACAGCAACUCAAUCUCAUUCAAAUGCAUUAAAUUUUGCAAAAAUAUCAAUAAAACAAACAGAUAUUAUUCCUGCAAUAUUACAAAUUGAAUGUAACUCAAAAGAUGUUUAUAAAAAUAUUCUCUUUACUAAUAGAAACAUAUUAAAAGAUCAAUCUAAUCAAGAUGAUGUUUUAUUUAAUUUACAUGUUAUAUUCUGUUUCGAUAAAGUUGAAUUUAAUGAAAAUAUCUUUUAUAUUAAACUUAGAAUUUCGAAUGAAGGGCAAAGUAUUUUAGAAAAAUAUAUUGAAGAUACACGUCAACAAUUUGAAGAUCUUGAUAUUGAACUUAUAUUUGGACGUCUUAUGUUAGAUAUGGGUCAAUGGAAUCAAUCACAAAAAUAUUUUCAACGACUACUAAUCAAUUCAAAUAAUAAAAAACAAGCAUGGAUACAAUAUAGUCUUGGUCAAAUUCAUUGUUUAAAAGGUGAAUGGAUUAUAGCACGUCAAUAUUAUGAUUAUUCUUAUGCUCAAAUGUGUCCCAAAGAAUCAGCUCAUAUACUUUCUAGUAUUGGAGAACUUCUUUAUAUAGAAGGAAAGUUUGACGAAGCUCUGAAUUUUCAUGAACAAGCAUUACAAAUUCGAAAAGAAUAUUAUUCUUCUGAUCAUCCUCAUAUUGCUCAUAGUCUACGUUCUAUUGGAGAUAUAUUUCAUAAAAAAGAUAAAUACGAUGAAGCUUUUGUAUAUUUUCAAGAAGCACUUACCAUUUUCGAGAAAUAUUAUAAAAAUUUUCAUCCUGAUAUUGCUAAAUGUAUGUCAUCUAUUGGACUUUAUUUUCGUGAACAAAGAAAUUAUGAUAAAUCUGUCGAAUAUCAUCAACAAUCUUUGAUAAUUUAUGAAAAAUAUUAUCCUUUUGAUCAUGUCUGUAUUGCUUUAACACUCAAUGAUAUUGCAGAUAGUCUUUGUGCACAAGAUAAAAACGAUGAGGCUUUGAAUGUUCAUUGUCGAGCACUUCGAAUACAUGAGAAAUUUAUUCAAUCUGAUCAUAUUGAUAUGUCGAAACAUUUUUGUACACUUGGUCACAUUUAUUUUGGACAAGGACACUACGAAAUGGCUUUAGAAUCUUAUCAACAAUCAUUAGCAGUAUUAAAAAAAUCUUUGUUCUAUGGUCAUAUUGAUAUUAUUUGUCUAUUGAAUAAUAUUGGUAUUAUUUUGAACAACUUAGAAAAAUUUGAUGAUGCUAUGAAUUUUCAUCGACAAGCAUUAACUAUGGCAGAAAAGUAUUAUCCAUCAUUUCAAGCUAGAAUAGCACAAACAUUCAUAUAUAUUGGAAAUGUUCUUAGAUAUCAAGAGAAAUAUGAUGAGGCUUUAGAUCAUUAUAAACAAGCAUUAGUAAUGCAAAAAAAAUUUUAUCCUUUAGGUAAUGUGAAUAUAGCUUUUACACUUCAAAAUAUUGGUAUUACUUUAUCCGAACAAGGAAAGUAUGAUGAAGCUUUCGAAUUUUAUAAACAAGCAACAAUCAUGUUUGAAAAACAUGAUUUAUAUAAUCAAAGUGAUAUUGCUUUUAAUUUAAUGGGUUUUGGUUGUAUUCGAAGUCAGCAAGAAAAAAUUGAUGAAGCCAUCAAUUAUUAUCAAAGAGCAUUACAAAUUCAAAAAGAUUAUUAUCAUUCAGAUCAUUCUAAUAUUGCUGAUACGAUUAAUAAUAUUGGUAAUCUACUUUGUCGUCAAACAAAAUAUGAUGAAGCUAUGAAAUUUUAUAAAGACGCAUUAGAAAUUCAAGAAAAAAAUUAUCCUAUUGGACAUAUCAAAAUUGCUACAACAUUAAAUAAUAUUGGUCAUGUACUGAUGAAUCAAAUGAAAUAUGAUGAAUCACUUGACUAUUAUAAACAAGCGCACUUAAUACUUGUCAAAUUUAAAAGUAAUUAUCCAUUGAAUCAAUUACAAAUUGCUUUUAAUCUAAGUUAUAUUAGUGAUAUUUUGCAUUUACAAAAAAAAUAUCAAGAAGCUAUCGAAUAUCAACAACGUGCAUUAUCAAUUAAAGAAAAAUGUUUACCAUCUAUUCAUAAGCAAAUUAUUGCAAGUUGUAUUAAAAUUAGUCGUAGUUUAUGUAGUCAAGAAAAAUAUGUUGAUGCACUUGAAUUUCAACAACGAGCUUUAUCAAUGGAGGAAAAAAUUGAACCAAUAAAUCAUACGAAUAUAGUUGAUCGUCUUUGUGAUAUUGGUAAGAAUUUUUUCGAUCAAAAAAAAUACGAUCAGGCUCUUGAAAUUUUUCAACAAGCAUUAACAAUAAUAGAAGCAUCUGAUCCACCUAAUCAUGGUUACAAUGCUACGAUACUCAGUAAUAUUGGUGAGAUACUUAAACAACAACAAAAAUAUGAUGAUGCAUUCAUUUUUAAAAAUCGUGCACUUAAUAUACGUGAAACUCAUUUUCCAUCAAAUCAUCAAAAUAUUGCCAAUAUUCUUAAUGAUAUUAGUAUUAUCUUUGACGAGCAAAAUAAAUAUGAUGAAGCACUUGAUUUUCUUAAGAGAGCACUCGAAAUACGAGAAACUCAUUGUUCAUCGAAUUAUCUAGAAAUUGUACGUAAUCUCAAUGAUAUUGGUCUUAUACUCUCCAAUCAAAAUAAACCUGAUGAAUCCCUUAGUUUUUAUCAACGAGCUUUAGAGAUUAAAGAAAAUUUCGAUCCAACUGAUUAUGAAGGUAUUGUCAUUAUGCUUGUUACCAUAAGUAAUAAAUUCAAGCAAAAAAAAAGAUAUGAUGAUGCAUUGCAUUACUUAGAUCGAGCUCUCAACAUACGAGAAACACACUUGCCAUUAACUUAUAAGCAAAUUACUCGUCACAUCAACGACAUUGGUCAUAUUCCCUACGAACAAGAAAAAUAUAAUGAAGCUCGUCAGUAUUAUCAACGAGCGUUAGAUAUCACAGAGAGAUUCAAUGCAUCUGCUUAUGAGGAUAUUGCUGUUCUACUCAGUAAUAUUAGUCUUACAUAUCAACAGCAAGAAUAUUAUGUUAGAGCAUUUGAUUUUCGAAAUCGAUCACUUCAAAUACGAGAAACUUAUCUUUCAUCAGAUCAUUUACAAAUUGCCGAUGGUCUUCAUGAACUCGGCCAUAUUUUCCAAGCACAAAACAAAUACGAUGAAGCUCUUAGUUCUUAUAAACGUGCAUUAGAAAUGAGAGAAACAUUCGAUCCAUUGGGAUAUGAAAACAUUGCUAUUAUACUCACUAGCAUUAGCAAUAUACUUAAAUAUCAAAGAAAAUUUGAUGAGGCACUCAAUUUUCAAAAUAGAUCACUUAAAAUACUCGAAACUCACUGUCCAAUGAAUCAUCGCUAUAUUGCAUUGAAUCUCAACAACAUUGGCAACAUUCUUCUAGGACAAGAAAAAUAUAAUGAAGCAUUCGAUAAUUAUCAAAAAGUUUUAGCAAUUUGUGAAGAAUUUUAUUCAUCUGAUUAUGAGAGCAUGAUUGUUUGCCUUGGUAAUAAUGCUGAUGUACUUGAAGAUCAAGAAAAAUAUAAUGAAGCACUUACUAUAUCGUCAACGAGCAUUAACAAUUAG